CCCUCGGUCGAACUUUGCAAAGUUCUAAAAGUUAAAAAGCAUUAUCUCUGUAUAUACCUUCACCUAAAUAUUUGCAUAAUUUAAACUAACAUUCAUUUACUUUUUGUUCUGUGAAACAAAUCUUUAUCGUUUUCGGACAAAUUUGCUGAAGUUUGAGCAUCGAUUAUCAAUUAUGGCGUUCUUAGAUGAUUUCAUUAACAAUAUAGCAUCAUUGCCUUCAGACCUACAUCGAAAUUAUGCACUUAUGCGUGAACUAGACCAACAAUUGCAAUUGCUACAAAAGAAAAAUGAAGGACGAUGUAAUCGUGAGCUAGAGCUUAUAAGAAAAGGGGCGGAAUCUGGCAACAUAACUGAUGCUUCAGUUUUUAGAUUUUCCGAUGAUGCACUUGCUGAACAGAAGGAGUGCUGUAAUAUGGCUGAUGAAAAAGUUGCUUUGGCAGUUCAGGCCUAUGAUCUGGUAGAUGGACAUAUUCAGCGCCUGGAUAAAUAUAUGAAAAAAUUUGAUGAGGAGCUUCGACGUGAAAGGGAACUUGCAGGUGCUUUAGGAGCCAUGGAUCAAAAUACUGAUAACAGUGGCAGAAUAGGAAGAGGGAAUGAGAGCAGCAAACCUGGGCGCAAAAGAUCUCAAGUAGUGUCAGAGCCACUGAAUAUAGAUCUGGAUUUGCCAGUUGAUCCAAAUGAACCUACGUAUUGUUUCUGUAACCAAGUAUCCUAUGGCGAGAUGAUUGCAUGUGAUGGUCCAGAUUGCAAUAUUGAGUGGUUCCACUAUGGUUGUGUUGGGAUCAAGGAACGCCCCAAAGGGAACUGGUAUUGCCCUAAUUGCAUUGGAAAUGACAGACGCCGAAAGGGAAAGUAGGAAACUACAAUUCAUUUUCCUAAUUGUGUAUUUUCUUAUAAUGAACUGGGGCUAAGCUUUCACUGAAGAGUCUGUAUAUUUCUGUAAUGGAAGAAACUGAUGUAUUAUUACUGACGCUCAUAAAGUAAAUAGGGACAACAUAAAUUCAACCAAUUGUGCUUUUCUUACACAAACGUUGAUUGUAUAUUACCAGUGUCGUAUUAUUCGAGUUUCUGUGCCUUUUACAGUUUAUGUAAAAUUUAUUAAUAAAUAAUGCCACCUGCAUGGAUUUGUCUAAA